AUGAGCAAGACAGUGAAGAAACUGCAAGUGGCAUCUCCUGUGCCAGCAGAUAUAGAUAUAGCUAAUUCAGUUGAACCACUUCAUAUCUCUGAGAUUGCUCAAGAACUCAAUCUUAGUCCUCACCACUACGAUCUCUAUGGCAAGUACAAAGCCAAGGUAUUAUUGUCGGUGAUUGAUCAACUGCAAGGUAGAGGAGAUGGGUAUUAUGUGGUGGUUGGAGGGAUUACUCCAACACCUCUUGGAGAAGGCAAGUCCACUACUACUGUUGGUCUUUGUCAAGCAUUGGGAGCUUUUCUUGAUAAAAGGGUGGUCACAUGCCUUCGCCAACCAUCACAAGGACCAACAUUUGGAAUCAAAGGUGGUGCUGCAGGUGGAGGCUAUAGCCAAGUUAUUCCAAUGGAUGAGUUCAAUCUUCACUUGACAGGGGACAUCCAUGCAAUAACAGCUGCAAACAACCUUCUAGCUGCAGCCAUUGAUACUAGAAUCUUCCAUGAAUCCACUCAAUCUGAUAGGGCUCUUUUCAACCGGUUAUGCCCACCGAAUAAAGAAGGUAAAAGGAGUUUCAACAACAUAAUGUUUAGCCGUUUGAAGAAACUUGGCAUCUCCAAGACCAACCCUGAAGAGCUUACACCAGAAGAAGUUAAGAAAUUUGCCAGGCUUGAUAUAGAUCCUGAAUCCAUCACAUGGAGAAGAGUAAUGGAUGUUAAUGACCGAUUCUUGAGGAAAAUUAGCAUUGGCCAGGGUCCUGAAGAAAAGGGGAUGGUAAGAGAAACAGGCUUUGAUAUUUCAGUUGCUAGUGAAAUAAUGGCAGUGUUGGCUCUCACAACUUCCCUAUCUGACAUGAGAGAGAGGCUCGGCAAAAUGGUAAUUGGAAAUAGCAAGGCAGGUGAUCCCAUUACAGCUGAUGAUCUCGGAGUUGGAGGUGCUCUGACUGUGUUGAUGAAAGAUGCCAUAAAUCCUACAUUGAUGCAGACUCUCGAGGGCACCCCUGUUCUUGUUCACGCUGGUCCUUUUGCAAAUAUUGCUCAUGGGAACUCAUCAAUUGUUGCGGAUAAAAUAGCACUGAAGCUGGUGGGACCUGAUGGCUUUGUGGUUACUGAAGCAGGCUUCGGGGCUGAUAUUGGUACAGAGAAGUUUAUGAAUAUUAAGUGUCGAUAUAGCGGUUUAACUCCUCAGUGUGCUGUUAUUGUAGCAACCAUUAGGGCCCUCAAAAUGCAUGGUGGAGGGCCUCAGGUUGUGGCUGGCAAGCCUCUUGACCAUGCCUAUGUGACUGAGAAUGUGGCUCUUGUUGAAGCUGGUUGCAUUAAUCUGGCCAGGCAUAUCUCAAAUACAAAGGCUUAUGGUGUUAAUGUUGUUGUGGCUAUCAACAAAUUUUCAACUGAUUCUGAAGCUGAACUAAGUGCAGUCAGGAAUGCAGCUUUUGCAGCAGGGGCUUUUGAUGCUGUUAUUUGUUCUCACCAUGCACAUGGAGGGAAAGGAGCGGUUGACCUUGGCAUUGCAGUUCAAAAAGCCUGUGAAAAUGUGACACAACCAUUGAGAUUUUUGUAUCCCUUGGAUAUAAGUAUCAAAGAGAAAAUAGAGGCGAUAGCAAAGUCAUAUGGUGCCAGCGGUGUUGAGUACUUAGAACAAGCGGAGAAACAGAUUGAGAUCUCUUCAAAUUUAGGGGCUUAUGUUUCCCAUUUUAGUCAUGGACUGAGCAAAAGCAUCGAAAAAUUCCUUCUGGCUUUUCCCAAACCGGUAAGCAGAGUCCAUGCUCAGGUCAGGGUUCCCCGUGUUGUUGAAAUUGUAAAGCCGGUGACUGAAAACUGCACAUUUGGCUCUCCCAAAGCAACUAAAUCGGUGGAAUCAAGACCUUUGGCGGUGAACUUGGACGUGAUGUUAUCAAGGCUCUCAAAAGGGCUAGGGAUGUCACUAUUGGCCCCCGCUUGGUUUGCUGUUCUGCUAUCCCUUCUGCCUAGAGGAACUCCCCAAUAG